AUGGAGCUAUUUUAUUUGAAACUUGAUGAACAUAUUGAAUCUUUAAGCGACAAAUUUCGUUCAAAAUUUGUUAUCACACAAGCUAUUUAUAAUGAUAUCAUAUUGGUAUUAAAAGAUGGUUGGGGUGAAGCUCAACUUAAAUUGUGGGCUCGUAAGCAUUUUAAAUUAGUUACUAUUGGUGAAUUACAAGUUGUUUAUGGUAUUAAAUCAAAUAAUCCGGUGAUCACAUAUGAACAAUUAUACACGACAAUUAAAGAAUGUCAUGAAAGAGUAGGACAUCAUGAUCGCGAUAAAACGUGGAAAGCGGUAGUAUUCUGUACUCGAAUCCAGAGCGAAAAUUAUAAUUUUCUUUAA